AACCUGCUGACGAAGUUUGGUGAAAUGUGCUAACGAAAUUAGUGUUUUGUUUCAUGUGUGUCGUUUGAUGCGAGCUGGAUUUUAUUAUUCCGAUACAUGCAUGUGAGAAGACACGUCUAAUGUUAUGUGGAUGCGGUGUCAACUGAGUGUUAGAGUAACAGAGACGGACCAAUGUUUGCAGCAACUUGCUAGCAGCUAGCCAACUAGCUUCACACAGGCCGGAGACGUUUGUCAAACUCAACUACUCUAUGUAAGAUGAAUACUGAGGACAAGUUGGAGGGUAUGCUGCUGAAGUGCAGCAGUGGAGGAAUAGAUGGAGGAGGAAGAGUCGGGCUGGUCAGCGGCGGAGGGCUGGUGGUGAUGACCCUGGGGGAACGAUCGCUGGCUAACCACCCUCUGUUGGCCGAGGACGAGGACGACGAAGACGAUGACGAAGCCAUGACCGGGAGCUCGCUGGUUACACAUGACCUGGUCCCUCCAGAGCAGCUGAUGAUGCAGGAGGAGAUGACGAAGAAUGGUGGAGGAGGAGGAGAAGAGGAGGGAGGAGGCGAGGUGGGAGUGCAUUUCCCCCUAAAACUCACCAAUAAGUUGCCCUACUUGCUUCAUAUGCCAUUGAGCAUCAAGCAGGAACUACCAGUCCAGAUGAAGAAGGACAAAAAAGGAGUUAAGGACCUGAUGGUGUGUCCUAAGAAGAAAAAAAGGAAGCAGCGUUCCCCAGCAAAGAUUCUCAGUAUCAAUGAUGAUGGCUCAUUGGGCAUACAAAACCCCAAGUGUCACAUCUGUGUUCACUGUAAUGCUGCAUUCAGAACCAACUACCAUCUACAGAGGCAUGUCUUCAUUCACACUGGUGAGAAGCCAUUUGAGUGCAGCCAGUGUGAUAUGCGCUUCAUUCAGAAGUAUCUUCUUCAGAGACAUGAGAAAAUCCACACUGGUGAAAAGCCUUUUCGCUGUGAUGAGUGCGGGAUGAGGUUCAUCCAGAAGUACCACAUGGAGAGACACAAGAGGACUCACAGCGGAGAGAAGCCCUACCAGUGUGACUACUGUCAUCAGUACUUCUCCAGAACAGAUCGGGUUUUAAAGCACAGACGAAUGUGUCACGAGAAUAGAGAGAGAAAGGCCAACAAGGCAGCUGGUAAAGUUGGGCCUUUGCGGGAAGCAGAUUCUUUAGGCCUCUCCUUUCUUACCAAAGAGUGUUCGCUCCCCAAGAAGAAGCGGCAAAAGUGUGCAGACAGGAGUUCAGGUGCUUCCACUGCCAACCAGACAGAUGGGCCAGCUGCCUCUGUUGUAGGAAUGGAGGAAAAGGAGGAGCAGAGACAGAAUAAAAUUGAAGGUCUACCUCUCUAUGCUGUGCCCUCCAAAGUCAAACAUGAGUAUGUGAUUGCAGAUUACUCCGUGGAACUUCCUGAAGAAACGGCCGGCCAACACCAAGAGGGAGAAGUGUCUUCAGAAGACACGACUCCUCCCAAACUAGUCCUGAAGAAAGUCCCCAAGAGGAGUCUUAAACAGUCUAAUGAACAAACUCCUCCCUGCCUGUCCACUUUGUCUUCCUUUGAGGAAAACACUAAGGUCACACAGUACACCUUUGAGAUCGUGGACAAGCAGGGCCUUUUAGACGUAGAGAGCAACACUGAACUAGAGUCAGUUGAAACUCUUCAAGGAGGUCCAACAAAGCCAGCAGCUAGCAGCACAAACUACGACGAUGCCAUGCAGUUUCUCAAGAAGAAACGUUACCUUCAGGCUGCAAUGGCCAACAACAGUCGGGACUACGGCCUGAACACGAGCAGCAUUUCUUCUCAGCCGCCUGUUACACAAACUGUGGUGUCAGCCGUCAUUGACGAGACUGUUCCUGCCACCAUUCUGGAGCCCCAGCCCAUCAGCGCAGAGAUUAAAGCCACACAUGACAAGCAUGUGUUGCCAGAUGAGGUUCUCCAGACGCUGUUGGACCAUUACUCCAACAAAGCCAAUGGGCAGUCAGACAUUUCCUUCAGUGUGGCUGAUACCGAGGUGACGUCGAGCAUAUCCAUCAAUUCCUCUGAUGUUUCAGACAACAGCCCCGGGGAGAGUCUCGGAGCCUCCAGUGCCCAGGCUCAGCCGGCUACCGAGAAGGUCAGCCUCUUGCAAGAAUACUCCAAGUUUCUCCAGCAAGCACUGGAGAGGACCAGCCAGAACGACAGCUACCUGACCAGCCAGAGCCUCAGCUUGGUCUCUGAAAACCCCACCUUAGCUGGGCAACCUCUGUUCUCCACUGAGAAACAGUUUCCUUCCCCCAGCAGGUUCAAAUCAGGGAUGAGCUCUCCGCUAAGGUCCACUUUAGAGAAACCUCACUUUGGAUUACUGGUUGGGGACUCCCAGCACUCAUUUUCAUUUUCAGGUGAUGAGACCACCCCUCCCUCCGCAGUGUCCCCAGCUGAGGAGGACUUUUUGGGGCAGGUCUCACCCUCCAAAAAGACAGACUCUCCACAAGGCAUACUGCAGACAUUUCAGAUAACCUCCUUCGAUCAGAACUUCAAAUCAACUUUUCAGACAUCAAGAUCUGGAUCCUCUGCACAGUUUACUGUUGCCAAUGGACAAUUAAGUCUUCGAGGACACAGCACAGACUUCUCAGAGUUCCCCUUAGUCAGAGUCACUGAGACCAGGUCUCAACUGAACUCCUCCCCUGAUGUUUCAUCCAGUGAAACCUUUGGCUGAAGGCGGGGGGGAUUAAUUUCUGUUCAUAAUUUCAGCAGCACUUUACAUGUCUCCUGUUUUGCCAAAACGAGUCCCAUUGCAACUAUGUGCUAUUUUUUUUACAGCAUUUUGUUUGGUUUUUUUGUUAAAUGCAACCUUACAGAAUGGAAAUAUGGAAAAUUGAUAAAUCACAAUUAGCAUUUCCCCCUUUAAAAAGGUAAUUGGAAUUGUGCAUUGGUAUAUUUCUUGCUCCAGAAUGUAGAUUGAAAGAUUAAGACGCAACCAAAGUGAAAUGCAAGAAAGUGCGAGAAUGAAAUAUCCUAUCAUGCCAUUGCCAUAUAGUUUAUUUUUAAUGUUUUGUCAGUCGGUUUGCCUUGCACAAAGAAAAGAUCAAGUCACUCUUGCUGCUUAAUGCAACAUUUCCACUUAUUAAAAUAUAGGCCCUAUUUAAAUAUGCCUUUUUUGCUCUCACUGUAUCUACCUCCCCUUGCUAUUUAUCUGGUCCACUCCUAGAAACCUUUUAUUCCAGCUGUGUAAUUCCUGUUAAAUUGUCUACUGAAAUGACACCACGAUUAGAUCAAAUCGGAUUCUUCACUUUAUGUUGAAGUCACUUUACUGUCACCUGAAAUGGGUUUUUCCACAUCAUAUGUGUAAUGAAUGCUACAGGAAAGAUUUAACUGAUUCUAUGUGACUGAAAUGGAAUCUAGUUUAUUUUCUAGUUUAUUUGGUUGUAAAGAAAGUAUAGUUUUUCCUAAAUUGUUGAACAAUGUGUGGAUAAAUGUAUUCCCUCUGUGGCUGAAUUUCUUAGCACUGGUUUUUACAAAUGUCACUAGUGCAGGAUAGGCUCUGGAAUAAAAUAUAAAAGACUAAGUUGUAUUAGAUUUAACCUUUUCCCCUCCUCCUAAUCAAAUAGCUGCAUACAUGUAAUGGUUGCAGGAUAAUUCAGCAGUAUACGUGAGUUAUAGUGAAAUUACUUAAGAGGAUUGUGCUUCAUUCUUGCACAAUUUGCACAUUUUUCACUAAAGGGAAUGUAGGGCAUACUAUCACAGUGGAUGAAUUGCAUAAUACCUUUACUUGCAAGGCAACCUUUUUUUGUUAAAUGAGACUUGGCCCUUAGUUAAAAACCCUUGUGUCAGAUUUGGGUUGUUUGAAUUGAAAAAUGAUGCUCAUUGCUUUUGUCACUUAUGUCACUCUUGUAGCUGCAGUUUUAUAGUACUUAUAGAUUGUUCUUCUUGGAAGAUGCACAGGUUUUGGGGGGCACAACAAUGUGUUUAGAUCCCCCUUGUAUUGAUUGAAAGUCAAGGUUUUAUUAUAGGCUAUAUUAUGAGAGAUAUUAGGUGCUUUGUUUUGCAGUUUUCUUAGUUUUACAUCUGUGCCUUUUGUUUUAUGCUCUUUAAUUCCAGCCUUUUGUUUACUCAUUCCUGUAUAUGUAUUUCUUAGUCAGUGCUCUGAGGCUACUAUUAGUUCCACUUGCACAGUAACAACAAACACAUAAGCUAUCAACCUAUUCAGCCUGUAAUAUGCUGAGAAUCUGGGAGCUUCAUUUAAUUUUGCCCAUCACAUUUUUAUUAUUUUAGCUAGAAAUCACACCAAGUUUAAUUCUCAAACUAUUAUCUGUUCUUGGAAGGAAAUGGCAUUUUCAUGGACUGUGCUGCAGUAUGAGUGCAGAAUCAUGUUUCAUCUGUACUUUUCAUAAUAAUCACCCAUUUACUAGAAUCCGGUAGUACUCUACAUGUGUCCGGGCCUUAGUGGGGAAAAAAGCAUUUGAGUAAGGUCUCUUCUGUACUCUUAUCACACUGUUGAAUAUUUUCCAUGUGUACAUGUAUGUGUGAUGUCUUAGGUGCUAUUGUGUGAAACACUUUUCAUAUACGCCAUCAAAUUAGGUUUGAAAAUUGAUGUUAAGCUCCCUAUACAGUUCUACCGACAAUCAGGGACAGACAGGCACCCAUAUUAAUCAUCAAAUACUUUAUUUUUCCACAUCCAACAUUCCUGCUAGAAUGUAUAAAAAAUAUCCAACUGUAAAUACAUUGUAUAUUUUUAUGUUCCAAGAAGUACUGUUAGGUCGUUGUGUGAAUAGACAGAAAAGUCUUGUGCAAGAGACACUUGUAGUCAGUGGAAGGCACAUUAAUUAGUUUUCCAGCAUUUAUUUCAUUCAACAAUGAAUCGAUAUCACUUGCUGACAAGAUGUGGCUUUCUGAGGUUUGUAUAUAUUUCACCACUGUUAUCAGAAGAAAAUGUAUGUUUUUUUUCUUUCUUUUUUUUUUUUUUACAGUUUUAUUGAUGAUUGGUUAAAGUGAAUUUAGAUCUUUUUAUGUAUAUGCAGUUGAUUGUGCAUUAUGGGAUUCACUGUAUACAGCUGUUAAUGAAAAGCCACCACCCCCAGAAAAUGUACUCCACCUGAAAUCAGUGUUUUUAGUAUCAAAUAUUUAACCUCAACAGCUGUGGUCAGCUUGAAUUCAGGACGGUUAAAAUACAUUUUGGUUGGAGUGUAAUUCAAAAAAUAAGUUUUGUGGUUGGAAUAUUUCACUACCUACCAAUUUCAUUGAAGCAGUUAUUAAAAGCACAGUGCAGAUGAGUAAUUCUGCGUCGGUAAAUUGUUUCCCACAAAGUCAUUAUGGAGAAGUUUCAAUUCAAUUAAGCAAUUGCAUCUGUUGAUGGAAAUUCAUAAAUUAUAUGAGCAGUACUCUGGUAUUUUUUUCCUUUUAAUUAACUAUUGUCAGUAACAUGGCCAUAAGUGUCCUUGUAUAAGCUAGAGAAAAAAAAAAAUUGUUUUGUGUAAAGAUCUGAAUUAUGAAUUUUUUGAUAAAAACUAUUUUUGAAACAUGUCAUUUAAGGCACUGAUAUGUACAGUAUAUCAUAUGCAAUCACUAUUGGUACCCUCAUUUAUCUCUGUACAAGUCGUUUGUGUCAAGAUCACUCAAAUGCGGACCGGAAUCUGAACUUUGAAUUUGGCAUUUUCAUACUUUUAAAGGACUUGACGAGGAAGCCCUACUGCUUCACUGUAAGGUUGAUCUUAAGUUAGACAGUAAGGUUUAUUUGCAUGGUCUCUAACUUGUUGGGUCGCGUGAACUUGUUUUUUGAAUAAUGUGCAGCUUUAAUUGUAGCUGAUUAAUUUCAGUCAAGUAACCCAUAUGAUUAGAUUUUUUGCAAUAUAUUAUGAUUUGUAAACGAUCUGAUUAAAUUGUUGUUUUGAUUGUUGUGUGUCAUGUCCUUAUGAAUAAAAUAAUUCACAGUA